AUGAGUAUGAUUGUGUUUCAGUGCGUCUUUCUGAUCGUCUACUCUCUCACCUUCCUGUUGGGGCUUCCAGCUAACCUGCUGGUGCUCUUCAUUUAUGCCCGAAAAGCCCAUAAGCGCGGAGCUACCCCUAAUGUAGUCUACGCCCUGAACUUGUGCGUGGCUAACCUGGCACUGGUGGCCUGGAUGCCGGUGAAGACCCUGGAGACGGUACGGGAGAACUGGGCGUUGCCAAACGAGCUUUGCCUCGUCUACAACUUCUUCCUCUUUGCCUCGCUGUACGGAAGCGGGCUGUUCCUCUCUGCCGUGGCCGUCGGACGUUAUCUUAGCAUCGCCUUUCCCAUCAGCUAUAAGCUGUACCGACGCACCCGAAUCUCCUGCUUGGUGAGUGGCGGGCUUUGGGCGAUAGUGCUGCUCCACUUGGGCCUGGGAUUGGCAGUUGAGGGCGGAGGCCACUUCGUUUCGGUGUCGGUACAUCACAACACCUCUGAGUGUUACGAGAACUUCACGCGAGAGCAGCUGGACUUCCUGGUACCGCUGCGUCUGGAGAUGGCCCUGCUGCUCUUCUUGGUGCCUUUGAUUAUCACGGCCUUCUGCACGCUGCGCUGCCUGGCUCUGGUGGGUCGUUCCUGCCUGCCCGCGGGGGGCAAGCGUCGGGUGUUGGCGGUAGCCCUCUCCACGCUGGCCGUGUUCGUGGUCUGCUACGCGCCUUACAACGCCUCACACGUGGUGGGUUUCGUGCUGGACGAAAAUGUGAGCUGGCGCAAGGAGGCCAUGCUGUCCAGUUCCUGCAACGUCUUCCUGGAGCCCAUUGUGAUGCUAAUGUUGUCGCCAUAUACGACGCGGGACCUAGUGGGGAGGCUGUGUGGGAGGGGAAGGGAGUGGCCAGGGUCACGCAGCAAGGCGACAGGAAGGCACCGUCGUCAUGGUAAAGCCGUCUCCAGGGACCCCUUGGCUACAGCGAAAGGGGUAACAUCAGUGAUUGAGAAACAGAUAAGAGAAACUGAGAGACGGCCUAAAGAAUAG